GGGCCUGAGCAGCCAAUGACGGCGAGACCCGGUAUAUCUUGUGCCAGUUUCCCGGGACAGACGGCGUCCCCAUUCUCAGCAACGCCGCCAGAACUUGCUCCCGGCCACCAUGCUCUGCCUGUGCCUGUAUGUGCCGCUCAUCGGGGAGGCCCAGACCGAGUUCCAGUACUUUGAGUCCAAGGGGCUGCCGGCCGAGCUGAAGUCCAUCUUCAAGCUCAGUGUCCUCAUCCCCUCGCAGGCGGUCUCCACCUACCGCCAGUGGAAGCAGAAAAUCGUGCAAGCUGGGGACAAGGACCUCGACGGGCAGCUUGACUUCGAAGAGUUUGUCCACUACCUCCAAGACCAUGAGAAGAAACUGAGGCUGGUGUUUAAGAGUUUGGACAAAAAGAAUGAUGGACGGAUCGACGCCCAGGAGAUCAUGCAGUCCCUGCGGGACCUGGGAGUCAAGAUUUCUGAGCAGCAAGCAGAGAAGAUUCUCAAGAGAAUACGGACGGGCCACUUCUGGGGCCCUGUCACCUACAUGGACAAAAAUGGCACGAUGACCAUCGACUGGAACGAGUGGAGGGACUAUCACCUCCUGCACCCCGUGGAGAACAUCCCCGAGAUCAUCCUGUACUGGAAGCAUUCCACGAUCUUCGAUGUGGGUGAGAACCUGACCGUCCCCGACGAGUUCACAGUGGAAGAGAGGCAGACGGGGAUGUGGUGGAGACACCUGGUGGCAGGAGGUGGGGCAGGGGCCGUCUCCAGAACCUGCACAGCCCCCCUGGAUAGACUGAAGGUGCUCAUGCAGGUCCACGCCUCCCGCAGCAACAACAUGUGCAUCGUGGGCGGGUUCACCCAGAUGAUCCGAGAGGGCGGGGCCCGAUCGCUCUGGCGGGGCAACGGCAUCAACGUCCUCAAGAUCGCCCCCGAGUCGGCCAUCAAGUUCAUGGCCUACGAACAGAUCAAACGUCUUGUCGGGAGUGACCAGGAGACCCUGAGGAUCCACGAGCGGCUGGUGGCAGGGUCCUUGGCGGGGGCCAUCGCGCAAAGCAGCAUCUACCCGAUGGAGGUCCUGAAGACCCGGAUGGCCCUGCGGAAGACAGGCCAGUACUCGGGCAUGCUGGACUGCGCCAAGAGGAUUCUGGCCAAAGAGGGGGUGGCCGCCUUCUACAAAGGCUAUGUCCCCAACAUGCUGGGCAUCAUCCCCUAUGCGGGCAUCGACCUCGCCGUCUACGAGACGCUCAAGAACGCCUGGCUCCAGCGCUACGCGGUGAACAGCGCAGACCCCGGCGUGUUCGUGCUCCUGGCCUGCGGCACCAUCUCCAGCACCUGCGGCCAGCUGGCCAGCUACCCCCUGGCCCUGGUCAGGACCCGGAUGCAGGCGCAAGCCUCCCUUGAGGGUGCCCCAGAGGUGACCAUGAGCAGCCUCUUCAAGCAGAUCCUGCGGACCGAGGGGGCCUUCGGGCUGUACCGGGGGCUGGCCCCCAACUUCAUGAAGGUGAUCCCCGCCGUGAGCAUCAGCUACGUGGUGUACGAGAACCUGAAGAUCACCCUGGGCGUACAGUCCCGGUGACAGUGACGGGAGGGAGUGGCCCUGCCUCGCCCGCGGGACUCGGGAUCCUGGGCCACGCCCGGGUGGUGGCAGUCUCAUUCUGUGAAUGUGCCAACACUACCGACCUUCGCCAAGCUGUGAACCCUGAGGCACGCGCAGGGGAUGGGCUGGGAGAGCCAGCCAGGCCCUGGGCUGGUCCUGUUGACCCCAGCCGACCCUCAGGCCUAUUCCUGGGAAGGCCUGCAGGCUGCUCAGGGUCCAGGAGUCAGCAGGGUCACCUGACAUGCGUAAGGACAGGACGUUUCCUGCCAUACCUGCCAGAUGGCGAGCUCGAGCUGCCCUGCUUUUCCAUCUUGUCCUGGCAGCCAGGCCUCGCCCACGGGCCCUGCCCUCUGGCCUGCUGGGCGCUGCCCUGUGCCCACUCUGCUUCCUCCUCUCCUAGCUUCCUACAGCAGGAGGAGGGCUCCCAGCCCGCUCCUCCGUCUUCUCCCUGCACUUCGGGGGAGAGCGGAUUCUGCCUGGCCUCCCACGCACGACCCCCGACCUGCAGCCUCCAUGCUGCCUGGCUGUGCAGGGUAGGGGUCUAGCUUCUGUGCCUGUCCUCUUCUGAGCCCCCUGCAGACCGGCCCAGGACGUGCGGUGCACGCAGGGGACGCGGCUGCCUGGCCUCAUGGCCGCAUGGCUUCGUGGGAGCUGGCCCCGGCUGUCAGGGCAGGCCUGAGGGCAGUGGAGGGUGGUGUUUCAGGGCAAAGGGCAGAGUGGCCCAUGCCUGCAUGUCCCGGUAAAAGAAGGAAAGGAGGUUGAAGGCCUUAAUUAUGUAUUGUUGGAAAAAGGGUUUUGUUCAGAAAAGCAAGCUGGACAAGUGUCACGCUCCCGGCUUCCCAGAGAAGGCGGAGGAGGGCUGGCGCAUUAGUCUGUUUCUGGCCCCGGGGUUUCCUUCUGAUCCCAGCGGGGUGAAGAGGGACCAGCCUCACAUUCCACUGAUGCGAAGUGUAACUGCUCGGAGCCUAUUUAUUUCGUAUUUAUUUGAACAGAGUUGUGUCCUAACUAUUUUUAUAGAUUUGUUUAAGUAAUAGCCUAUCAUUUUCGAUUUCAUUUUGUAUUCAUAUUUAUGUUCAUGGUUGAUUGUACCUUCCACCCCCGCCCGGUGAAGGCAGGGAGCGGGGAGGAAGGAGGGCCACGGAGUGACCCUGCUGCCCACGCCGACGUCACGUCUGUCCAAAGAAAUUCCUCUCGGGACUGAGACAGAAAGGCAAGGGGGGGCCUGAGCCUGGGGAAGACGAUGCCCUAGGCGAGGGGCUGGGUUUGUCCCCAGCGGCCUUACGGUCUUUGGCUUUAAUGGGUUGGGGGAGACCUCGACAGCCUGGACACUGGAAAAGUCCGAAUCAUUCCCUAACUGGGAGGAUCUCCUUGUUUGGCCCUUUCUGAAUGACAGGGCAGUGAGACGCCUCACUGUGAUUUGGGGCGGGGGCGUCCCCCACCUGUGCCCACGGUCCUCCCACUCCUCCAGAACGGCCUGAGGAGGAGCACCAAGCAGGACGCACCAAUCAAUGCAAACAUGACCAUAUCUCAGUAGAGAGACUGGAAACUCAGAAAGCAAUGGCGGGAGAAUCGGAAGUUGUUAUCCGAACAGCCUUCUAAUAAAGUCGUUUCAAAGCUGA